CCCUCGCGCAGCAGACCCCCCAGAUGUCUACUCCAGCAUGGAGCUGGACAAGUUUGGUUGCGACAUGCGUCUUCGGGGGCUCAAUAUUCUUGAGCCAAAUGCGUGGAAGGCUGGACAUCUUAUACUUAGUACUUACGCUGGGUCACAGUCCUCUCUGGGUGAAAUCCCCAAACGUCCUCAUGGCUUCAAUAUGAACGGGAAGCCAGUUGACAUCGAGCUGAACUCCUAUGCUCUCGACAAAAUCCCCACCAAGGAUGUCUAUCAAUACGACAUUGAGAUCGGCGACGGAGCUGAGAAACGGGGCUUCAUGAAGACAUUGUGGGAUUCCAGUGAGGUCAAGCAAGUGCGCUCGCAAGGUGGUUUCGACGACUGGAUCUGGGAUGGGAACAAGCUUGCCUGGUCCACCAAGAAGCUCUCAGGAGUGGCGACGAUCGCUGUAGAUCCUGCGAUAGCGAAGAACCAGCCGGAUCGGGCUGGACGUGAAGUCAAGCAUGUUCGCAUUGCCUUGGCCAAGAAAGUUGACUUCACCAAUCUUCAUGCCUGGCUCGGCAAGCAGGCAGACUGGGACAUCAAGGUGCUCGAGUCUCUGACGUUCCUUGACCAUCUGAUGCGUGAGGGUCCGUCCCGUCGCAUGAUUUCGGCCAAGCGGAACUUUUUCCCUCCUUACUGGCGUCCUGCUUCGGAGUCUAAGGUGCCGCUCACCGGUCGGAUCUCAUUGGGAAAGGGAGUCGAGGCUGUGAAGGGCGUCUAUGCAUCGAUCCGGCCAGUAUUGACUGCAGACCUCCGCGCACAUCUUGCUGUCAAUGUCGACGUGGCGAAUACCUGCUUUUUCGAAGCGUCGGAGGUCAUUCCUUUGCUUGGAUCGAUGCUCGGAGCUAAGAAUGUCGACUGGCUCAUCGAUGAUUUCGUUCGAAACCGUGAGAAGUGGCCCGAGAGCCGCUUCUACAAGGCGACCAAACGGCUGAACAAGCUGACGAUCACCACCGACAUGCGCUCGAACUGUACGCGCCGUUAUAUCGUCAAGCGAUUUAUCGCGUCAACGCCGGAUUUGAAAACCUUCGAAUUGAAGGACGGCACUUCGAUGACUGUAAAACAGUAUUACCGAAAGGCUUACAACGCUCAUGUCCGCGAAUUGCCUUUGAUCGAGACAACCCGGGGCCAGUUCAUCGCCUUGGAGUUUGCCAAAGUUGAACCAAAUCAGCGUUACCUGUACAAGCUUGAUGAGGCGCAGGUAGGUUCAAUGAUGAGGUUCGCAGCUACUCUACCGAACCAGCGGUUCGGUUCCAUCCGCGAAGGCAUCAAGUCCCUAGAUUGGCAAAAUGACUCGCAUCUCCGCCAAUACGGGCUUCAUAUUUCGGACCAGCCCACAGUCACUAAGGGUCGACUUCUCGAGGCGCCUGACGUCCACUUCGGAAAUGGCAAGAUACUUGGUAGCUCUGCUGGGCAAGGCCGGUGGAGGAUCGAUGGGAAGAAGUUCCUGAAGCCAUACCCAGGACAGAUCCCGUACGGUGUCAUGGUCUUUGGUCCAGAUAGUGACCCGAAGAACCCACAUCCAGCCCCCUACCAAGCCUUUUUUUCGAGAAUGUCGGCUAUUGCCAAAGCCCACGGCUUGAAUUUGCCAGCCACAAUCCCAGCUCUUAUCCGCGGAGCUCCGGGUGCCGGUGGAAACAACAUCCUACAUGCCUGGAAUGAGAGCGGGAAGAAGCUGGGAGUUCUCCCGAAGCUUAUCUUUUUCAUUGUCCAGGACCGGACCGCCGAUCUUUACAAGAUCAUAAAACGCAAUUGCGAUUGCCGCUUCGGGCUUGCCUCCCAGGUCCUGCAGAGCGCAGGCGUGAUGAAAUGCCAGGAUCAAUACAUCAGCAACGUUCUCCUGAAGGUCAAUUCGAAGCUUGGGGGAAUCAAUUCCCGCGCGCUCAAGGAGAAUGGGUUCCUGACCAAGAAAUCCCAGCUCAACAUGUAUCGUCCGCGCCACUCCCAAGAUUCACUCAUGAUCAUUGGCGCAGAUGUGAGCCACGGGCCUCCUGGUUCUGAGGAACAUUCUAUGGCCUCCAUCACUGUGUCCAAAGACCCCCAGUGCUGCAACUAUAUGGGGUGGGUGAACUCCAACGGCCAUCGGGAGGAGAUUAUCCGGCCAUCCAAUUGGGUUAAGAUGUUCAAGGAGCCCGUCGCCCAUUGGAUCGACCUGAACAAAGGCCAGACGCCACGACGGCUUCUUUACGUCCGCGACGGUGUUUCCGAACAACAAUACAACCAGGUUCUUGACAUCGAGGUCAAUGAAAUCAAGCGGCUCUUUAGGGAAUUGAACCCUAAAUAUAAAAUCCCGAUCACGGUCCUAAUUGCCAGCAAACGCCACCAUGUGCGUUUCAAUCCGAAGAGCCAAGCUGCCCGCGAUAAAAAUGGCAAUCCCGUUCCCGGCGUUCUUGUAGAGACCGGAGUCACUCAUCCCUUCGAGUUCGACUGGUACAUGAACCCCCACUCUGCGAUCAAAGGAACCUGCCGUCCGAUCCACUAUCAUUGUAUUUACAAUGAGAACAAUUUCACCGGCCCCGAACUGCAGCAGCUCAUCUUUGAGCACAGCUUCCAGUACGCUCGAGCAACAACUCCCGUCUCUUUGUUCCCUGCUGUGUACUAUGCACACUUGGCUGCGAAGCGUGGAGAGGCCCAUAUGAACAAGCCCUUCGUGUCAUCGGGCAAGAAAAAUGCACAUAAGGGACCUCCUGGGGGUCCGCCAAAGGAUAAGGUGUCCGAGUCCGCAUCAAAGCGGUCCAAGAGCAAGUCUCCCGAGAGCAAGAAGGGAUAUAUAGACGAGCCGUCGAAGUCCCCUUCCGACUUCGAGAAGCAGGAUCCCAACAAUCCGACUGGCUUGGUCAAAGGUGACGAGGCAUCUGACUUGAUGAAGAUCCAACACAAGUACCACAGUUGGUACCCUUUCACCUCUUGGUACAUGUAAGUCUUGAUCUCAAGACUUCAUGGACGACAGGUGUGCAUCGAGCCGCCAGGUCCAUCCAACGAUGCAUAGUUCGAAUUCCCUACUUCUCGUUUCCGUUUCCGUUUCUUUUCUUUCCUUUCCGCGAUCAGGGUUUCUAGGAUGUGUCCGACACGUCUCACCCGUGCCGCAAUUCAAAAAUGGCAUAGUUCAUCAGUGCUUGGGUUCAGGGAACGGGCCCUCAGAGAAAUCAAAACACCAAAAAAAGCCACACUCGGAGAGGUCGAUGGUGGUGGAGGAUCGAGAAGGGCAACCAUGGCGAUCAGCAGUUGCUAUCUCGGCCAUUUAUGGCAGACGACAGAGAGAAGGACUACCAUGGCGAGCGGCAUUUGCUGACUCGGCCAUUCAUGGCAGACGACAGAGAACGACGACCCCCAAUU